UUUUAAUAUAAGAAGUCCCCCACCACCAGGGAGCAGCAGUCACUCCCAGGGCUGACGCGCUUCAACUUUAACCCCGGAAGCGGAAGCGUCUUUCUUUUCUAGUUGGAACCCGCUAAGCGACGCACUGAGCUGACAAUGGCGCCUCGCAAAGGGAAGGAGAAGAAGGAGGAGCAGGUGAUCAGUUUGGGUCCUCAGGUGGCCGAAGGAGAGAACGUCUUUGGCGUGUGCCACAUCUUCGCUUCUUUCAACGACACCUUUGUGCAUGUCACCGACCUCUCUGGGAAGGAGACCAUCUGUCGUGUGACCGGCGGCAUGAAGGUGAAGGCCGACAGAGACGAGUCCUCCCCUUACGCCGCCAUGUUGGCGGCACAAGACGUCGCUCAGCGCUGUAAAGAGCUCGGCAUCACUGCGCUGCACAUCAAGCUUAGAGCCACCGGAGGGAACCGCACCAAGACACCCGGGCCAGGAGCACAGUCUGCCCUUAGGGCACUUGCCAGAUCCGGAAUGAAGAUUGGACGCAUCGAGGAUGUGACUCCCAUCCCGUCAGACUCCACCCGGAGAAAGGGUGGACGCCGUGGUCGUCGACUGUAAACAUGGCCAUGUUAACAGCAAUAAAGGUGUUAAAUGUU